CCGAAACCGCACACAUCGAAACGGUCGCGUGGAUUCCAGGAGUGCCAUGCGACGGCCAAGUGCAUCGGGCGGUCCGUUCAUGGACACACCGCUUCUUCCUCUGGAGAAAGUAGCGCUCGAGCGAAGCGUGUCGUCGCCGGCAAACAAGCAGACGGCGAAAUCGAUCUUGUUUGGCGCGUCGCAUGGAUCGCCGACGAAGCUGCAUGCCGUCGCCUCUUCCAACGACAUGUAUCCGUUCGGGCGGCAGAAUCCAUUUGAGACGGAAUUUGUCGACCAUGUGGUUGUGGCCGAGGGCGGCUUUGGGAAAGUGUUCAAGUGCCGAUCCAAGAUCGACAACCGGCAGUACGCCGUCAAAGUCGAGCAGGUGCACUUCACCCCGAAAGCCAUCUUCAACCCCAACGAGAUCCGGGAAACGAUCCUGCGCGAGGUGCAUUUGCUCGCUGGCCUCGACCACGAGCACGUGUGUCGGUAUUACAACACAUGGAUCUUUGGAAAGCUCGUGUCGACGGGCCGACCCGACUCGGCCAAGAGCAGUACCGCCAACGCCGACGACGAUCGAUCCAACGAGUCGUUCGGGUGGUCUCACAACGCGCAUGGACCAGCCGAGAACCAACACGUGCCGUUCGAAUCGUCCGCGUCGUCGUGUUCCUCGACGUCGUCGUCCAUGUGUGGGUUUUCCUUCGACCGAUCGCCACUGGACGCAAUCGACGGCGAUGCUCCCCCAACUCCAGAGACACAUCCAUCCCGCGCGAUUUCACCGCGCUCGAAUUUGUCGCUGCAAAUAGACGUGUACAUUCAAAUGGCCCUCUACCACGGCAACUCCCUUCAGCAUUGGCUCGUCGAGCGGCAGUCCAUCGACGUUAACGCAAACUUGACCAUCUUCCGACAGAUCGUGGCCGGCCUCAAGUACAUCCAUGGUCAAGGCUUGAUUCACCGCGACAUCAAGCCAGCCAACAUCUUGCUCACGCAGGACGCAUGUGUCAAGAUCGGGGAUUUUGGGCUAGCCACGGAUGGCCGCAUCGAGGCGUCGGCGGCGGGGGUCGGGACACCUCUGUACAGCAGCCCGGAACAGACGCGCGGCGACAUGUGCAGCUCCAAAUCGGACGUGUUUAGCCUUGGCCUCGUCCUGUGCGAGCUGUUUUGCAACUUUUCAACUCAAAUGGAAAAACAUGUCACCCUCAUGCAAGUGCGCGACCCCGACGGCGCCGUUCCCGCCUGUGUGCCAGUCGAAAUUGCAGCCGUCGUCAAACAACUCGUCCACCCCGACCCAGCUCGUCGACCGUCGUGCGCCGACAUCGAACUCAUGGACGAAGUCAUGCCAUUUCUUCUAUGCCCUCAACCCCCCAUGAUUACCUCAGACAAGCAAGCUCAAUACGGUGCCAGCAGCCAACGGCGCUCUACGAUGGAGAAUGACCAAGAAGCCGGGGUCCCCGUGGCCCCGCUACUCGCUCCAUUGGACCACGUCGUCCACUCACUACUGGACGAACUGGACGCCCUUGAAGCAAGGCAACAUGCGGUGCUGCGGCUCGCCGAGAAAGCAGCGUGGGUGGACGAAGCGUUGGCAAUGUCGGAUCGAAAGCUCCAAGUUCUCGCGGCCCUGCAUCAGGCCGUGGGGCGAGGCCAAAUUUCAUCGAUGAAGAGCGCUUUUGUUACAUAAUGAACUCCUCUACGCCUACUGCGCACCGGUGUCGUAGCUGCGUGUGGUGAACUUUUCCUUCGUGUGAUUGUUAAUGUUAUCACGAGCAGCUGCCUUGCAUCUGCA